UGUCCGAGAGGCGAUGGGUACAGUAGUCCAGUGAAAACUCUCCCUUAAAGACUACAUUCGGCAAAAUGUCGAGCAGUUUACAGGGUUUGUAAGUGAAGGGGGAGAUCAAGAGGACGUCUCGGCGACUGACCAGUCACCAAGUUCCUGCUGGAUAACUGCCUCCCCACCCCCACCUUCCCUGCAGGACUUUCUGGACAGUGCGAGGCUGGAGCUGCUGAGCACACCUGAACACCAGGGAGAUUUUGCAGCCCGGCCUGCAGUCACCCGCAUCUGCUGAUCUUCUCCUGAACGCUCUGGCUGCGUCCUUGACGCAAUCAUGCGGUGUGAUUCGCCCAUAAAGCUGCAUGUCUUCUCCCUCAACUGCUGGGGCAUCCGCUACCGCAGUCUGCAUUGCACUGAGCGCUAUGACAUGAUCGCCGACCUGCUGGCCAGAGAGGGACAUGAUAUUGUGCUGCUGCAGGAGGUGUGGAGCGAGAAGGACUUCCUGUUCUUGAAGAAACGGCUCGCCUGCUGUCAUCCGUACUCCCAUUACUUUAAGAGUGGCGUCAUAGGAAGCGGCCUGGCUGUCCUCUCCAAGCACAGCAUCAAGGACUCGUUACUCUUCCGCUACUCGCUGAACGGAUACCCCUACAUGUUGCACCAUGGAGACUGGUUUGGCGGGAAGGCCGUGGGGCUGGUCGUCAUGAACAUCCAGGGAUGGACGGCACACGUCUACGUCACGCAUCUCCACGCCGAAUACUACCGGGAGCAGGACACGUACUUGCCGCACAGGGUGGUGCAGGCCUGGGAGCUGCAGCAGUUUGUCCGCCACACCUCCUGUGGGGCGGACCUGGUCAUUCUGGGGGGCGAUCUGAAUAUGCACCCCCAGGACCUGGGCACCCGACUCUUACGGACAUACACGGGUCUCCGAGACUGCUUCGUCGAGACGGAUGGUUUUGACGGUUGUGAGGAAGGCUUCACCCUUAUAGCAGACAACCCCUUCACAGACAGGAAGGAGCUUCUCCCCUUUGAGAAAGGCAUCCGGAUUGACUACAUCCUCUUCAAGGGGUCCGACAGGGUGUGCGUGAAGUGUGAGUUCCUGUCCACCACCAAGGGCUCAGUUCCUGGGAAACCCUUCCCGUAUUCGGACCAUGAGGUCCUGAAUGCCGUCCUGCUUGUGCAGCCAGGCGGGGGCGCCGUGAAGAGCUGCGUGGAAGACGACGACACGGUGGGCCUGGCCGAAUUGGUGAACACGGUAACGGAGGCUCGCACUGAAGUGAAAGUGGGCCUGCACUGCGCCCAGCGCAUGCUGCACACAGUGACUCGCACGGGGGCACUGGGGCUCGCCCUGCUGCUGCUGGAGCUGGCCAUCGCCGCCGUGCCCUACCUGGCCCCCGCCACCGGGCAGCCCUUCCCGCAGGCCUCCUUCUACCUGCUGGGGGCGCUGUGCUUCAUCAUCCUGCUCGGAUCCCUGCUGCUCUUCAUCUUCCACAGCAUGCAGGUGAAGGCCCUGCAGGGCGCCGAGGACCAGAUGCGGCUGGCGGCCGGCGGGCUGCAGGAGAAGCUGCGCGGGCAGCCCCUGUGCCGCGAUGGGCACCCCCCAGGGGAAGCUGCAGGCGCCAAAGCCGUCGGUGAAGACAGAGAGCCCAACUCUGACUCCAUUUCAUAAACGAAUCACUCCGUGAGAGACCGAGAGGGUUAGGAAUAGCACAGAUGUUUUAAGUGAAGCCGAAAUUAAGUCUCUUUUAAAUUCUUUCAUUUUCAUUGUUCACUUUCAGGAGAAGCACUGUGGAGUCUUAUUUGUGUGUCUUCUGGUUUUGCUUCAUGGUUUUGCUCCCUGGACCAAAACAAUCCCACCAUAUCGGCAGGUGGUAUUCAGCGACGUCGUGCCACAUGGUGGAUCCAUGUUCGGCAAGCGUUAGGCUCACAUGCUGAGCAGAGUGCGUGCAGGACGCAGCAGUCUCAGUCAGGGGGUCCUGCUCCCGAUGAAGGGGACUGAGGGGGGGGAUCGGUCACUUCUUGUCUCAGGUCAUCCUCCCGCUUUCUCACCAGAUUUACACUCCUUGAUUCCUCCCCCCCCUCCAUGUAGUCCCGGAACCCCAGGCCGGGUUCCUCAGGCUAGGCCAAGACCCAUUUCCUUAAACCUGCCCCAUUCGCUCAGGUCGCAGGAAGCUACAGCCACUUCGGGGAUCCAUCUCCAUGCUGCCUCUGCAGUUCGUCACACGUGGCUCAACCUGCCGACAGCAGCUCGUAGAAAAAUAUAAGGCAUUCUUCGUAAACGUCCUGGAACUUUCACUCCAUAUCACUGUACUGUACUGCUAUCGUUUUUGGUAUGUUGUGGCUCUGGCUCAUUUCUUGUACUUCAGACCAGACUGAACGGCCCCUUCCUUCAGACAAACAUUUCAUAGAAUGUUUAGUGGGGUGACGGAAGUUAACUUGAUACGCGUCGGCUGGUUUAUGUCAGAAAAACUGGUCGACCGAUUACCUUGUCUGCAUUUCAUAACAAAUAAUAAUAUUAUGACUAAUUAGUUCAAUUAAUUAGUCUUAAGAAGUAGCUUUGCAGUGAAAUGCUACUAAUCUACCAAAUGUACGUAACUUUUCGUUCUUUGUCGCGAAAUGGCACAAGAUCCGUGUCUGAGCACUUGAAAUACUUGGUAUAUACUGUUAUCUUGCAUUCCUGGAUAGGCUCUGUGUACAUACACACACAAAAAGAAGCUGGGAGAUUUACGAGUCUCGUGAGAAGUAUGAAAGCUCUGCUGCUUCCGCAUUUCUGCUUGGGAAAACGGAGUGAAAUGAAAAUAAACGCUCCUUAAGACCUCA